CCGAGGCCCUAAACGGUUAUCUGAACCGAACCGUGGACACACUGAUCCGUUUCACCACUAAUAUAUAUACACAACUAUACUCACACAACUAUUUACAGGGGUCACCACUGUCCAGGUGCCAGACCGUGUCGUCACCCAGAUGGGGCAGAAGCAGGUCGGGUCAGUGACCUCAGCAGAGAGGGGGACCCUGGUCACAGUUGCCCUGGCAGGCAAUGCGCAGGGCGACCUUGUUCCGCCAUUCUUCAUCUUCCCCCGUAAGCGGUUCAAAGACCACUUCCUGGACCCGUUGGCUGUGCUGGCAGCGGCAACCCAACUGGCUGGAUGAAGGAGCCAGACUUCCUCCUGUACCUGGCCCACUUGACCAGGCACACCCGUGUGUCCAAGGAGUCGAAGCUGCUCCUCCUGCUGGACAAUCACCCGUCCCACCUGUCAAUUGCAGCAAUUGAUUACUGCAGAGCCAAUGGCAUAGUGCUGCUGUCAUUCCCUCCCCACUGCACCCACAGGUUGCAGCCAAUGGACAUUAGUGUCUUCGGCCCCCUAAAGGGGUACGUAAACAGUGCGGCGGACAGGUGGAUGAGGAGACACCCAGGGAUAAACAUCUCAAUUUAUGAUGUGCCCUCCAUCGUUGCUGAAGCCUUACCAAAGGCUGCGACAGUGAACAACAUUACCUCCGGGUUCUCAAGUCCAGGGAUCUGGCCUUUUAACCCCUCUGCGUUUGAGGAAAAGGACUUCGCCGGAGCCUAUUCCACAGACCGUCCUCCUCCCCAGGCUUCGGGUGACGAGGUCAGCGCUUCUCCAGGUGCCACUUCAGGCAUGGAUGUACCUGAUCGAGCUGCCGGGCCUGACGAAGCUGUCCGGCCUGAGGGAGAGGCUGUUAAGUUCAGCCCGGACAUCGUCCGGCCUUACCCUAAGGCCGGACCUAGAAAGAUCACAAAGAGAAGAGGGAGAAAGAGGACAACUGCUAUACUUACGGACACCCCGGUGAGGGCUGCUUUAGACAGGGUUCGUACGGUCAUGAAAAACCUGGAAAAGUCAUGGAAUUUUAAAAUGGUUAUUUCCAGGCCUAGAAAAGUGCUUGAAAAAAAUAAAGUCCCAAAAGUUUUGGAAAAGUCAUGGAAUUUUUUUUUAUUCAUAUUUUCUUGUCGUUCAUUUACGCUGAGUUUUAAAUCAUGAAUAUGCCUUUAAAUGAAAUACGCUCAAAGUAUAAACAGGCACGCGCUGAAACUAAAACAUACGCAACUGAAACGUUUGUUGGCCAUAGCAACAGUAUCUGAGGGAAGCCAAAAUUAUUCAAAAUGCCAGGGAAGUGUAGGUUCAACAAUGCUUGGUUGCGAAAUGAGAAAUAUAUGUCAUGGGUUUCAUCCGACAAAGACCCGGGCCGAGCUAAAUGUAGGUUAUGUGGUGACAAAACGUUUGACAUAUCUAACAUGGGAGAGGCGGCAUUAACGAGCCAUGCGAAAGGCGCUAAACACCACAGCCAGGGCAACUGCUACGGCAAACAGCACGUCUCUCUCUUUGGUCUACUGCGGAGGUAAUGUGGGCACUGAAGGUGGCUAAUUCGCAUUAUUCAUUUAAGUCAUCUGAAGAUGCUAGCCUGCUCUUAUAAAGAAUGUUCCCCGAUAGCCAGAUAGCAACACAGUUUGCUUGUGGCGAAAGCAAAUGCUCGUUCCUCUGCUCUUUCGGUCUCGCUCCCCACUUCAGGAGUCUGACGUUGUCCAACGUAAUGAAGCAAAGGGCAUACGUCAUUCUCUUCGACGAAAGCCUGAAUAGUUAUUUACAGUCCAAACAGAUGGAUUUACAUGUGAGGCUAUGGGAUGGCGCCGAUGUUAAGACAAAAUACAUCGUGUUUGAUAAAGCUGUUUAAAUGUGAAAUUGUUUUGGUUGAUUAAUGGUCAAAGAGUUAGUUGCCAACUGUUCUGUUACAUUUUGCACUAGAAAAGGGAAAUCAAUGUUUGCACUAGCUGGAUGCUUCUGCAUACUAAAGCUCUUAUUGAUGUCAGUGCUGUGAAUGCAACCAGUAUAUCUAUAAAUGUUCAUUCUUUAAAUCAAACUAUUGUCUCUCAAUUUUGUGUCAUUUAAUGUAUACAGUAUGCCUCCGAAUUCCCAUUGUUAGUUUUAAUACUACAUUUUAUCACUUUUGCACGUUAACACCGAGAUUUCACAAAAUGUUUGGUCAUGGAAAUUUGGUUUACAGUCAU